GGCCGGGAUCUGACUAAUGGUGCAUAUUGCAGUUUAACCGCACGGUGUCGCUGCACUAACCUUUCUCAAUACAAGAUGGCGGCUUUGGGGCGGUACUUCCGGGUUGUGUUUUUCAUGAUUGUUGUGUUCUUCUUCAUCAUUUGUUGUCAGAUUCUUGCCAGAUUACACCGUGAAGAGGAGAAGUGGGACCUCCUGGGGGGUGGACUCUGGCUGGAGGAAAGUGUGGACUACGGAGGAAGACUUCUCGUUGAUGACUUUGAUGAACAUGACAGGGACAACAUCUCCGUGUCAGAAAUGGACAUCAAAGUUCCCAUCAUCCUUUGGUGGACACCGUUGACAGGAGAGCGAGGUAAAGUGAAGCAGUGCGACCUGGGAAGGUGCUUCUUUACGGUGGACAGGCACUUCAAGGAUCACCCCAAAACACAGGUUUUUGUGUUUUAUGGAACGGACUUCAGUCCUAAAGACCUCCCCCUCCCCAGGAAGGCACACCACGAAUGGGCGCUGUUCCAUGAGGAGUCGCCAAAAAACAACUACCUUCUCAGUCACCAGCCAGUUCUGAAUCUCUUCAACCACACCGCCACCUUCCGGAGACACUCAGACUAUCCGCUCACAACACAGUACUUGGGCAAACUGGAAGACUUGACUGACAAGAAAUAUUUUGUGCCAACAAAGUCGAAAAAUUCUCUCGCUCUAUCUCCUCUUGUUUAUGUUCAUGCUGACUGUGACCCACCUUCUGACAGAGACCACUAUGUUAAGGAGCUUAUGCAGUACAUAGAUGUGGAUGCUUAUGGACAGUGUCUUCAUAACAAAGACUUACCUAAAAAGCUACAGGACCCACUAACAAUGGAAGAUUCUGAUUUCUACAAAAUCAUGGCUCAGUACAAGUUCACUCUUGCCUUUGAAAAUGCUGUUUGUGAGGACUAUAUCACAGAGAAACUGUGGCGUCCACUGCACCUUGGUUCAGUGCCCAUCUAUUUUGGAUCCCCAAGCAUUAGAGAGUGGCUGCCAAGUAACAAGUCUGCAAUACUUGUCAGUGACUUCUCAGGUCCAAAAGAACUAGCAGAGUUCUUAAACAAACUCAACAAUGAUGACGUCGAAUAUGAGAAAUACUUAGACCACAAAUUUGCCAACGUCAAAAACGAGAAACUCAUUAGGCAUAUGAAGAUGAGAGAAUGGGGUGUAAAUGACUACACAAGAAUAGGCUUCAUUGAUGGGUUUGAAUGUUUUAUGUGUAAUAGAAUUCACAGAGACAUGGAGAAUCUCCGUGUCAGGCAUGUGGCUACCAAGAACCACUAUGGCUGUCCAAGACCAAAACUUCUACAUGACCUUGAAAAUCAUGAUCACGGAAAACUGGACAUGUGGCAACAGAUGUAUGACAGAGCAGGGUUUGGUGCCAAAACUUUACAUCAUUAUGUUCUGUCAGGCAGAAAUAUGACAGAAGCAGAAUAUUUAUCACACUUAGAUAAACUACAAAGACAACAUGGGGGUAACAGACAUGAGUGGGUUUUAGAAGAAAGAUAGGCAUAAAACUUAUUAAAAAAAAAAGAAUGUAUAGUGAAACUUUUUGAUAUUUUUUUUCUAAAUUAUUGCUUCUGCCUAUAUUUGAUGCAAGGAAGAAAAACAAGCAAAGAAUGACACAGGUGAGAAAUAUUGUUAGGGCAAACAAUGAGUACCAUAAUUAUUUUUGGUGGGGUUUGUUUAUGUAAGGGUGUGGGAAAAAUAAAGUAUGUGAGUGGGCUUAACUGAUACUGUCUGGCAAACUAUCUAUGUUAAGCAGUAAGAAAUAUAGUCAUAUAAUAUUUCAUCUACUUUCCAUGAAUAUUUUUGUGUGUUAUGUAAUGACAAAGAACUACUGAUGAUAGCAAGCUGGUGUUUAAUGUUGUGCCAUUACUCAGAAGAUACAAAGUUGUCCUCACACAUUCAUGUACAUGUUAAACAAAACACGCAGAGCAAUCUUGUUAUAAACAAGCAUUACAAUUUUUGUCAAAUCACAUUUCUUCCUAUUCAAAUUAGUCAUUUCAAUUAAGAUUUCACUUCAGCUGAAAAGUAGAACAUUAUUACACUAUCAAUGCCUUUUUUUUUUACACUGUAUGUUCGCUUCAAUGCUAUAUUCAAGUGGUCUAGUCCAGUGGUUGACUAUAUAUUAUGUACUUCUCAUGCGUGCCUGUGUGUGUGUGGUUUUUACUGGUGAGGAACAUUAAAUAAAAAUUGGUACCUCGA